AUGCUUCGUCGUUCUCUUUUACGCAUGUCUGGCCUAGACAAAGUCGUUGCAUUGUCGAAGGCUGUCGGUGACAUCAAAUCUGGGGCCUCACUGGCCGUUGGUGGCUUUGGAACGGGAGGCAUGCCGCAUGCACUCUUGGGGGAGAUUAAAAAAACCGGCGUGCGGGACCUUUGCAUUUACAGUGACGCUGCCGGUACUGAUGGUUACGGCGUCGGCUUGUUGUUUGAGGAUAAGCAGGUUAAGAAGAUGGUGGUAAGCUACGUUGGUAACAACAAAAUCUUUGCCAAGCAAUACCUGGAGGGUGAUUUGGAGCUGGAAUUUUGCCCGCAAGGCUCUCUCGCGGAGAGAAUGCGUGCAGGGGGUGCAGGUAUUCCUGCUUUUUACACGGCCACUGGCUUCGGUACGGUGGCGCAGACGGGCGGCCAGAUCACAAAGUAUAAUGGGGACGGCUCCGUUGCUUGUGAGUCUAAUCCGAAGGAGACACGUCUUAUUGACGGCCGCUGGUACGUCAUGGAGCGCGCCAUUUGCACCGACUUCUCCCUUGUGAAGGCAUGGAAGGCCGAUAGGAGUGGCAACCUUAUAUUCCGUGGCACCUCUCGCAAUUUCAACGUCCCAGUCGGCCAAUGCGGCCGCACCGUCAUUGCGGAAGUGGAGAAUCUUGUCGAAAAUGGCGAAUUGGAUCCCUGCCAUGUGCAUCUGCCGGGAGUUUACGUGGACCGCGUUGUGGUGCCUGAACGGUACACUACACCGAUUGAGAAGCGCACAGUCAGCCAUCCCCGCUCGGAAGAGAAAAAUAAGGCGAUGAAGCCGGGUGAGGAGGCCCGUCAACGCAUUGCACGCCGUGCUGCACUCGAGUUUUCCGACGGCAUGUAUGUAAAUUUGGGUAUUGGUAUCCCGACAGAGUCAGCGAACUACAUCCUUCCAGGUGUGACUGUGGUGCUGCAAUCUGAAAACGGCCUUCUUGGUAUGGGUCCUUUCCCUGAGGAAGAUAAGGUGUCUCCCGAUUGGAUCAAUGCGGGUAAGCAGACGGUCUCGUAUCUUCCUGGUGCCGCCACUUUUGAUAGUGCAACCUCCUUUGCAAUGAUUCGUGGUGGACAUAUGGACAUCACAAUGCUUGGCGCUCUUGAAGUAAGUGCCAACGGCGAUCUUGCCAACUUUAUGAUUCCCGGCAAGUUUGUGAAGGGUCCUGGGGGAGCGAUGGACCUCGUCGCGAGUGGGACACGUGUUGUUGUCACCACCAUGCACUGCGACAAGAAGGGCCUACCUAAGAUUGUUGAACGCUGCAAGCUACCAUUGACGGGUAAGAACUGUGUCAACCGUAUUAUUACUGAAUACGCCGUCUUCGAUGUGGAAAUGGGCCAGUUGGUGCUGAAGGAGGUUGCUGAAGGCGUCACCGUGGAGCAGGUGAAGAAAAUCACAGGUGCUCAAUUCCUUGCAUGUGAUGUGAAGACAAUGCCGCUGGCGCCUAUUCCUUAA